GGCGCACGCCUUUAGCCCAGCACUCCCGCCGCAGAAGCAGGCAGAGCCCUGUGGGUUUGCCUGCGCAGCUGAACUCCAGGCCAGCCGGGCCUCAGAGUCACCUGGGGUGGGUCACGGCCUCUGAGAACCUCAUUUUCUCUGCUGGGAUGGCAGAGACAAGCGAACUUGGUAAAGACGGAGCCAGCAGCCUCUAGCUGAGGCUCAGGGCCGGCGGGGUUAUUUUUGUCCCCCAGAGCCCGCUUUUUCCUGGAAAUCGCGGAUGGCUAUGUGCGCCCUUAGAGGUGACAGGACUGUUUGGGGCGUUUAGGGGUGGGGCCUUCCGCUCCGGUGCCUAACGAGAUAACAGUCGUUGCCAGAUGCCAGAUUUGGGGUCGCUCCCAGUGCUGGACUGUUGGCGAAUCGCGAGGACUGCCCCAGAGCCCUGGCCUAGUCUGUGUCCUCUGGCGGAUUCCAGAAAGCCGAAGGAGGUGGGAUCUGGAGCCACACGGCUGGACGUUAGGAAGCGAGAGGCCGGUGAAUCUCAGAGAGGCCCCACCUGGGAACCGGGGCCUUGGGCAGGGCCAUGGCUACGCGGUCCUCCAGGCCGCGGAGGGGAGCUGGCAGGGGCGCCGCCCAGCGGGGCCUGGGGAACAUGGGUGCCUGGACUUCCAGGAGCCGCGCCCCCACGCGGGAGCCCGAGCCCCGGGAGGUGCUGGACCUCAGCCGUCUGCCCCCGGAGCUGCUGCUGCUGGCGCUGAGCCACGUGCCCCCGCGCGCGCUGCUGCUGCACUGCCGCCGGGUGUGCCGCGCCUGGCGAGCCCUGGUGGACGGCCAGGCCCUGUGGCUGCUGCUGCUGGCCCGGGACCGCAGCGCCGCCGGCCGCGCCCUGCUGACGCUAGCCCGCCGCUGCCUGCCCCCCGCCCGCGAAGGCGUGCCCUGCCCGCUGGGCCAGUUCUGCCUGCGGCGACCGCUAGGACGCAACCUCAUCAGCAACCCCUGCGGCCAAGAAGGCCUCCGCAAGUGGAUGGUUCAGCACGGCGGGGACGGCUGGGUGGUGGAGAAGAACAGGAAGCCCGUGCCCGGGGCCCCCUCACAGACCUGCUUUGUGACUUCCUUCAGCUGGUGUCGCAAGAAGCAGGUGGUGGACCUGGAGGAGGAGGGUCUGUGGCCAGGGCUGCUGGACAGCGGCGGUGUGGAGAUCGUUGUCUCUGACUGGUGGGGGGCUCGCCAUGACUGCGGCUGUAGGUACCGGCUCCUCGUCAAACUCCUGGACGCGCACCAGAACGUCCUAGACAAGUUCUCGGCUGUGCCCGACCCCAUUGAACAGUGGAACAACAAUAUCUACCUGCAGGUGACCCACGUGUUCUCCAACUUCAGGAGGGGCGUCCGUUUCGUGUCUUUUGAACACUGGGGUCAGGACACGCAGUUCUGGGCUGGCCACUACGGGGCCAGGGUGACCAACUCCAGCGUGAUGGUGCACAUCCGUCAGUCCUAGUCGAAGGCCGCCCACCGUGUUGGCGAGACGACCUGACCGUGCCUUCCAGGAGCUGGGGCUGCUGGCCGGACGGCUGGCCGCCUGAAUGAAGCGCUCACAGCUCCCUGGCCUAGGAGGAAGGGUCCCGCUGGGAACGCUGGAGGCCUCCACCACAUCUACCGAUUGCUGCCGCCUUAGAGCAGGGGCGCACGGGUGCAUGCUGUGUCAGAGAGGCCUCGGGCUGCCUCUCCGUCAGCCCAUCCCUCUGCCCCGUCCCCAGUCUUGAUUCCCCGACCCUUUUUUAAAGACAGGGUCUUGCAUAUCCCAGCUGGCUACAAACCAAGGAAGACCUUGAAUUCCUUCUGCCUUUGCCGCUCAAGUGCCGGGCUCACAGGCGUGUGCCAGCACCGCUCAGGUCCGGGCCGUGCUGAGGGUGAUCCAGGGCCUAGUGCAUGCCAGACAAACUUAUUCUACCAACCAAGCCACAUCCCCAGCACCCCCUUGCCUCCUCCUGUUUCAGCCUCAGGGACUUUCCUUGUCCCUCCCUCCACUCAUGUCUGAACUCAGAAUUUAUGGCUAGCAAAAUUCCAGCCCCAAGCUCUCGUGGCUACAACCAGGUCUCCUCAGUGAAGGGUAACCAGGCCAUAUGCCCACAGAUCUCCCCAGACAAUGAGGAAGUGCCCAGAGCCCAGACCCUGCUCCUCUGAGAUUGUAUAUUUAAAGCUAUUUGUCCUUUCUCAGACCAUGAGAGAAUAAUAUAUCGGCACUGUCUGUCUGCCGAUUGCACUGUAAUAAAUCGAUUAUUUUGCCUA